AUGACAAAUAAUCAUAGUGAAUACGAAAAUAUGGAUGCUGAGGGUGAAAGUCUAGGAAUCUGGGAAUCAAUUUAUCUUAAUCCAAGUUUUAUCGACGACGAUGAUAGUGAAAAAAUAAAAUCAUCAUUAAUACAUAAUAAAAAAUCAACAGAUACUUCUGAACAAUCACCAUAUCUCGAAGUAGCUAAUAAUGUAUCAAAUACAGAUGAUCCAUCAAUAUUAUGUUUAACAUUUCGUUCAAUAUUUAUUGGUAUUUUAUUAACAUGUCUUAUGGCAUUUACAGUUCAAUUUUUUGCUCUUCGUACAUCACCAUUAGAUGUUAAUACUGGAAUAAUCAUAUUAGUUUCAUAUCUAUUUGGUAAAUUAAUGGCUGCUAUAUUACCAACAACUAUAUGUAAUAUAACAAUAAAUCCAGGACCAUUUUCUAUUAAAGAACAUACACUUAUAGUAAUAAUGGCUUCAUCAGGAUCACGUACAUAUGAAGCUAUGGAAGCAUUACUUGGUCAACGUCUGUAUUAUAACUAUAAUCUUACACAUAUUAAUUCCAUAUUAUUUAUAUUAAUAAUGCAUUUUCUUGCAAUAUCAAUAUCUGGAAUUUUAAAACGAUAUCUUGUAUGGCCAGCAGCUAUGAUGUGGCCGAGUACUUUAGUAAGUUGUUCAUUAAUUCGUACAUUAAUGGAUGAAAGUCAAUCACUUGAAGAAGAAACUCGUUGGAAAAUGUCUCGUUCGAAAUUUUUUUGGUUAAUUGUUUUAUUUCAAUUUCUUUGGUAUUGGUUACCAGGUUAUAUAUUUCCACUUUUAUCAGCUUUUUCAUUUGUUUGUAUGAUUGUACCAAAUAAUAUUAUUCUUUCACAAGUAACUGGUGCAAGUGGACUUGGUUUUGGUGCAAUCGAACUCGACUGGAAUGCUUGGGUUGCUUUUUUAGAAUCACCUAUUCUCGUACCAUUUUGGGCGCAUAUUAAUAUAUUUGUUGGAUUUAUAAUUGCUAUUUGGAUUGGGACACCUAUUAUUUAUUAUUUUAAUAUAUGGGAAUCACAAAAAGCACCAAUUAUUUCAAAUCGAGUUUUCGAUAGUGAUGGUUAUUAUUAUAAUACAGCACAUGUAUUGAAUAAAGAUUUACAUUUGAAUGCUACUGUCAAUAAAGUAUAUGGUGAAGCUUAUUUGUCUGCUGGAUAUGCUGUUUCGUUUUGUUUUAUGUUUGCUGGCAUGUCGGCUUUGAUUAUACAUACAAUACUGUAUCAUGGUAAUUCUAUUGUUGAUCAAUUUCGUUCAAGUAUAUCUGAUAAAAAGAAUGACGUUCAUGCUAAACUUAUGUCAUCUUAUCCACAAAUUUCCGACUGGUGUUAUUAUAUAAUGUUUUUGGGUACAUUAUUCAUUGCAUUCAUUUUCUGCUAUUUUACCGACUCAUUACCAUGGAAAGGCGUACUUUUUUCAAUUAUUCUUACUCUUAUUUUUACUUUACCAAGUGGUAUUAUAACAGCAACAACGAAUAUGACAUUGACUACUACAAUCGCUGGUGAUUUUUUAUGUGCUAUCCUUUUACCCGGUAAUCCAAUUGGUUUUCUUACAUUUCGUACAUAUACGAAUACAUGUUUAAAUCAAAUUAUAAUUUACUUAACAAAUUUAAAAAUCGGUCAUUAUAUGAAGAUUCCACCUCGUAUUAUAUUUCCUGCAUUUAUUUUAUCAUCAAUUAUAUCGUCUAUAGUUCAUUAUCUAGUCGGAAUAUAUCUUCUUUAUGAUGUACCAAAUAUAUGUACACCGAAAAAUCAUUCAUGGAGAUGUUUACACGUAGAAAAUACUUAUACAGCAUCGAUCAUAUUUGGUGUUGCUGGAUUAUUCAAACCUGGUUCAAGAUAUUUUCCAAUACUUUUAGCAUUUCCAAUUGGUUUUAUAUUACCCAUGGUAAGUUGGUAUUUAUGGAGAAAAUAUCCAAAUACUAAAUGGUUAUCAUUAAUUAAUUUUCCAAUACUUUUAUUAUCUACAACGAAUCUUCCACCAGCACCAACAGUCACAUUUCCAUCAUGGUUUUUAGUUGGAUUUAUUUUUAAUUUUAUAUUAUAUCGUCAUGCUUCUACUUGGUGGCAAAAAUAUGCAUAUAUAUUCUCUGCUGCAAUGAGUUGUGGUGUAGCCAUAUGCGGAUUUUGUAUAUUCUUUCUAUUUGAAAAUCAACAUAUUCAUUUUCCACAAUGGUGGGGCUUAGGGGGACCUACUGGUGAUGGUUGCCCAUUGGCUAGUGCGAAUUAUUCCGGUAGUAUUCCAAUGGAACGAGAUUUAUAA